AUGUUGUAUCCCAUUCACGUUAGGGGCUCGCUUCCAAAGGGCCUCUCUGAGGAACUUGACAGAGGUCUGGUUUCAAAGAUCUACACAGUUGCUCUUGGAGCACAGGGAAGCUGCUUCAUCAUCUAUCUUGGCCGUGAUGGCCUCGAUCAUUUUUACUCGUACGGCCUCCCACGAAGGCUGCAGGACUGGCUCUCGGCUCGUUCUCCUCGCGGCCGGUGGGUGGGCAACCUUCGCGGUCUCAGACUCUGUCUCGGACCCGACAAUGCCUCCUACUGGGCUGCCGACGGCGCUGACAGCAUAUCGGAGAAUCUCCCAAGCGGCCUUCAGGUAUAUCUGAGCUUGUUACCCAAUAACGGUGUCAAACUUGUUGACUGCAUCUCUCUCGGCUGCAACGGAACCUACUAUCUAAGGACUAGCAAUGGCCGCCACCGUCGGAAUAUCGCUGGUUCCGCCAAGCUGUCCGACUAUCUUGACUCAGUGCAAAGUUCCGCUGGUAACCUCACGAAUGUUGCAGGUCUAGCGCUGCAUCCCGUCUACAAGGACACGUGGAUUCUACAAAGCGCCAAUGGCUUUAGCUUCAGCAACGGGCUCGACGCUCAAGCCCGCGAGGCCUUCGAUAACAUCCAGCCCGCCGUGGAAGCCAAGCUGCAGCGCACUUCACUGAAAGCGGCUCUCGAAAGAAUGGAAAUCGAGCAAAUGAUAGCGGAGCACCGGGCCAAAAUGGAGGCCAAUGAGCGGGAGCACUAG